AUGAAAGAAACGCUCCUCGUAGGAAGAAGACAGAGGACCAAGACAGUCCUUCUUCCGCCCUACGUAGCGCCCAAAGAACUGCGCGUCUUCUUCCGGGUUGACUACGCAACUUGCUUGCGAGCGUGCGGUGUACGCACACCCGAGCCCCACCGGUACCUCUGGCGAGACGAAACCGGCGAUCGGCACUUUGAGUGCGUGAACAAGAGCAAAGUCCUCGUUCCCUUCUCUUCGGCUGCUCAUGCAUGCAAGCUCUUUGGCCUCCACCCCGUUCUUGUUGACCCAGAACCCGAUUGGUCUUCCUCGUUUUCAUUCCCCUCUCCUUCUUCCUCUUCUUCUUCUUCUUCUCUUUCUUCUCCCUCUUCCUCUUCUCCUUCUCUCUCUUCUCCUUCUCUCUCUUCUCCUUCUCUCUCUUCUCAUUCUCUCUCUUCUCCUUCUCUCUCUUCUCCUUCUCUCUCUUCUCCUUCUUCCUUCCCUUGUACAAAAGUUGUUGUUCUCCUAGGGCACAUCAACCACGGAAAGACGACGCUUCUCGAUCGUCUCGCAGGGACUCUCGUGGCCCCUUUUGAGGCGGGGGGAAUUACGCAAAACCUCUCUGCAGUUACUGUCAAGAUUCCAUCUUCGAUUUCUCACGCCGAUGCUUGCUCAGGCCUGAACACAACCCCGUUGUCAUUUUCUUCCGCCUCUUCCUCCUCUUCCUCUUCUUCCUCGUCUUCCUCUUCUUCCUCCGCCUCUGCGCGAGGAGGGGGGGAGAGUCUGGGGGGACAGGAGCCGGAAGAGAAUUGGACUCAACUGACGUUCAUCGACACCCCCGGCCACGCGACGUUUGGUUCAAUGCGAGGGCGGGCGAGUGCAUCCGCAGAUCUUGCAUGUGUCGUGGUUGACGUCACGGAGGGGAAAGGCCUGCAGACGGAGGAGGUUCUUCGCCUCGCUGACGCGUACGACCUGCCGGUGCUCAUCGUGAUAAACAAAGUCGACAAACUCGCCCCUGCGCACGCGCGCGAUGCGUCCGAAGCGAGCGCAGGCGGCGAAGUGGAGGGCGAAACCAGAGGCGAGAGAUGCGCAGGAUUCGCAGAUUCGAACGAGGUUCAAAUCGUCAAGAUGGAGCUGCGCAGACAGUGCCAGGAACUGAGAGAAAAAGGUUUGCUGAAACGCGACCUUAACCACGAAGUGAUGAACGCCGUCUGCGUCUCUGCACUUUACGGCGACGGCAUCGAGACGCUCCUUCGUCGCCUGGUUCAUCUCGCUUCUUCGUCGCCACCUGCGCGGUCUCUCUCUUCGCUCUCUCUUUCUCCUGGCGCUGCGGCAAUGCAUGCAAAGCACAAGCGAAGAUCCGACUGUCUCGUCGACGCGCACGUGCCUCCUGCUGCCGUUGGCAUCGUCCUCGAAGUUGGGAAGAGCAGCGACCGCGGCGUCUUAUAUACGGUUCUCAUCAAACAGGGACACUUCUCCAUUGGGAGUUACUUCGUGGCAGGCAGCGCCUACGGCAGGAUUCGCUCCAUUGAACUUGUCUCCUCCACGUACUCUUCUCCUCGCUCUCCGUCUGCCUCUUCUUUCCAGUCUGCUUUCAAAUCGUUUCCGGAAUCUCCUCUUCGACAUGCGCCUUCGGGCGAAGCGUCUCUGUCUCCGUCGUACCCACCGGGGACAGUGGUGACGUGUGGGGUAUCUCGGGCCAUUGGCGACGGCGACUGUGGGGUGGACGAUCGCAUCUAUCUGCUGCCGCAGUGUCGGGCCUUUCGCCUCGCGGAGUAUCGCCGCGGGAUCGAGCGCCUCGCGCGCAUGCAGAUCGACGGGACGCCGCUCGAGAUCGCCCAGUGGGAGGCAGACCAUCCCACAGUGCAGCGACGCUUGGGGACUCGGCGCACCGGGCCGAGGAGACAGGAGACAGGGCGGGGCGUCGACGACGCGAACGACGCCGCGCUCGCCAGGAAAGAGGUCACGCGCGGUCGAAGGGCCAUCGAAGAAUUCGGCGUCGAGGCGGCCCUCAGCCCCAAGGCAACCGGCGAUCGAGGCUUUCUCAGUGAUUGGAAAACGCCGGGCGCAAAAGAAGAGGGGGAAGAGCGCGAAGGGGAAGAAAGAGGAGGCGAAGAAAGGGACGGGUCCCAGGGUCGUCUGUUCCGGAACGUUACGAUGGAAGAAUUUCAUCAGCCUUUAGGGCGACGGCGGGGGAAGAGCAGGUUGGCAGGCAGAGAGGAGAGACGUUUGUUGAAGGGCGAUGACGAGAGGAGCGACGAGAGUGGCGACGACUGGGAGGCGCGCGUGCGCGACGGCGGGAGAGGCAGAACGCGGCAGAAAGAGGAAGAAGAGAUUGACGAGUCGGACGUGUCGAGGGACUCUCGCCUCGUCGAUGAAUGGACCCUCCUUCGCAACUCUGUUUCCGGAACAGGCGAGGAGAACAAGGCGCCGCAAGAGUACGACUCCAUUGCCAUGACCAGCGACACCGCACGCCCGCUGUACAUCCACACGCGCGGCUCAGAGCGACUGGAGCCGCCUUCUGUCUUUGGAGGCGACGAAGAUGGGGACGAGGACGAAUCUGCGGGGCGAAGCCGUGGGCGCAAACGCAGCCGGCGAGGCCGCGAGCGAGACGAAGCAGACUCAGAGGAUGAGCGCCGGGGAGGAAAUGUGCAUGAAUUCUGGGGCGGACACGAAAGCCGAGAAGACUGGUAUGAAGCGGUGAAGGAGAAGAACGCGGCUCUGAUGGACCGCUGGCGGUCGAGAUCGAAACACCGGGAUUUAGAACGGCGGGAGCAGCGACGGAAGGAACGCGCGAUGCUGGUCGAGGCCGAGCGCAUGCGGCGCCACGCGCUGAAGGAACCACCCUUAACAGAAGAAGAAAUUCGAGAGAUCAUGGGAGAGGACGAGAAGUUCCAGGAGGCGGAACGCUUCGGAGACGAGGCGGACGAAACGCGUCUUGAGAAGAAACAUAAACAACGGGCCAAGCCGUUCCUGAUCCCUGCAAAAAACGCCCCCGUCAUCCCAGUCAUUCUCCGCACUGAUGUCGUCGGGACCUUCGAUGUGCUUCUCGAUGAAAUGGAAAAGCUCCAGGGAGAGUUCGGCAUGCGGAUUCCCGUUGUCCACGGGGGCAUUGGCCCCGUUGUGCCCCGGGACGUGGUGCAUGCAGAGGUGGAGAAGACGUAUGGCUACUGCCCGAUCUACGCCUUUAAAGUUCCCGUGCUUCCAGACGCAAUUAAGCAGGCCCUGGCCACAUCUGUUGUUAUUAAGAGGUUUGACGUCUUCACUGAUCUCCUCGCCGACUUGCGCGAACGCUGCGUCAAUACCCAGAAGCUGCUUGACCACAACAUCUACGUCCGAAGUCUCAAGACGGAGCCCACGAAGUCUGGGCUGUGA